UAGGAAAUUCAUCACAACAUCGAUCUUGCUUCGGAUUCGCAAAAUCUUCAUCCGGACGAUUCACUGAUUAUUUGCCAAAGAUGAAUCAACAGUGCUUAGUAGAAGUAGAAGAAACAAAGCUGUUCAAUAAGCAAUCACAAGUCGCUUGAAUUGCGUCGAUACGUUACCCAUUUGUGUGAAAGUGAUUCGUGUGUUAUUCGCCGUUGAUAAAAUCCCUAGGUAAAGCUUUUUCAUCCUCCCGACAGUAGCUGCUGAGCUUACUCGGUUGGAAAGCUGUUUCGCGCAUGCAACACGUUGCCUACUUUUCUUGGCAGAUAGACAAGGAAUCGGACACGGAUAAUUAGAAAUCAUGGGGCAUUGCAGAGGCGUGAUAAUGUGCGUUGCUUUGGAGGAGCAUUCGUAGUCUGGUUCCAGCGGUGUUAUCACGCCCGACACUGAUCUGCAUAACGCAAGUAUCAAGACAAUUGGGCUCGGCUAGAAUUCAAGUUAUCUUGCAAACAUGGCAAACGAUUCAAGACACAUUAUAAUCACAACACCGAGUAGUGGUACGAGUGUUGUGCCAAGGUUACGACCAAAACCGGCCCAGCCAACAUCAACCACGCCUUCAAUGGGACUCACGCUGGGCACGAUACCGUUGAAUCCAUCCCCAAAAAACGUUAUCUCACCUAUUCCCGCUGCAACCAUGGAGUCGGAUAAGUUCGUGGCCAACUUCAAUGAUAAAUUUCUGGGAACGUCAAUGCCUCGAUUCAGUCCGAUUUCCAUGGAAGGAGACUUAGCAUCCUUCAAAAUCAUAACAACGUCUAAUGCGGUGUCACCGGCCACACUCUUGUCCCCCUUCGAGCAGGAAUCCAUGUCAACCUCAACGACUGUAUCCGUUCGCCCCCGACCAACAGCUCUGGCCCAUGCGCAACAACAAAUAUUAAGCAACUCCAACAGUGAAAAAUCGCUCGUAUCCCCUUUGUCGGGUUCGUUCACUUGGAAUCCCUUCGGGGAUCCGUCACCUUUCAGCCCAAUUUCGACACUGACCGAGGACCAGCUGUUCGGAGCAGAAUUCGAUAAGUUGCGUCUAGAAGGCAGCCAAACCUCGAUCGUAACUUCCCCGGAGGAAAUGAAAUCCGAUCGAUCUAUUUCCUAUUGGGGUGGCCCACAAAGAAAGUCGCUAACACAGGCUCUCUCUACGGGCAUGAUUGCUUCAAGCGGUGGAGUACAGAAUGGCAGAGAGCUGCCAAAGCUCGAAGAGGACCCGUUUGGUUCCGCUCCCUUCACCCUCCCGAAGCGAUUCAAGCAAAAAAGCAGCUCAUCCAAGCUCGCCUCGAAGCUAAGCGAUCGCUGGCGACACGCCGUUGGAAGUGGGCAAGCAGGCAAGGAAAGUCUAAUUGAUAACACUCCAACCGAAAAUGGUGGAAAUGACAUUGAUAAAAGGCCAGGCAGUUGCACGCGUACGGAAAUGUUGGUAUUGGAAAAAUCCGGCUUAAUCGGUGGUGGACAAAAGAACCUAAUGCUAGAUGAUCUCAUCAACAGUGGCGAAAAAGCUUCACCGAGUUUCAUCAAGUUGCCAUUAGAUGAUCGCAAUAAGUACGAGAAACUGAACUCAAACGGUAUAACCUCAGAUGAUAGUGACUCAGAGUUUUAUCCCGAGACAAUGGGAACCACCGUUGGCUUUGGAAGUGGACCGGACAAUAUCGCAAUACCCGGUAGUGUUGGUGGUGGCAUGGGUGGUCCUAAAAAGCACAGUUUCAAACACUUUGUUGAAAGUAAUAUCCCCGAGAAGCUGCAAGCUGUUUACCACAAAGUCGACAAGAGCCAAAUAAAACAUGUGCACAUUGUAAAGAAGCUGCGAAAUAAAGUAGUGGCGCAUGGUGGCAAAGAAUCUGUACCGUCGGGCAUCGGUACUACGAAAGUCACUAAGGGACGUCGUAAAGGAAAAAGAAACGGUGAUCCACAAGAUAACAUAAAUACACCCGAAGGCGGAAAUGCUUCGGAUGAUGAUUCAAUCGGUUCGGCCUCGGAUCUUCGAGCCAACGAUGAUUUUCCCGAGAGCGAGGAAAUCGACCCAAAGGCACCGCCAAAUAGUUCAGUUAGAAAACGAGCUUCUUUCAACCGAGCGUCAUUUGGUGGUGAAGGAAGCGUGGAUGAUUGCAUCAGCGAAAGCAUAAAAACGUGCGGUUCAAGUGCCUACCACGCUGAAUGUGAAAGUGUGACGACCAACGAGGACAACACCAGCCGAAUAGUGACGCGCGUACGCGUGAAAAAACGGGAGCGUCUCGAUUCGAAGCACAGCGUGAUCGACGAAGACGACUCGGCCGAAGAAGACAUGAUUCAGGGAGAAAAACCGCUUCUGCUGGACGAUGAACUUGAUUACGAAUCCGCGGUGGAAAAUAAUACCAGCGGCGAGGAGGUACUGAUGGAUCCAUUCACUCCCGAGGAUGAAGCUGUAAAAAACAAACCUCACUUAUGCCUUGAAGAUGACUCCGAAGGUGAUGCCGAAUUGGACCCUUUUGCUAUGGCACCUUUUCGUAAGCCGUUCGUAAAUAAGCGAAACAAUGUCGUUAAAUUUAUGCCCGGAGUACAUUCCAUUCCAGAACACCAUCCUACUAGUAGCGGCGUUAGUGGCAAACAUUCGAGCGACUUUAUGACAUCAACUCCGAUUAAAAAACAAGCUCCAGAACUGGCUCCACUGUCGUCGCAGUGUACCGACAUUUUCGAGCUGCCCGAAGAGCGCAUUAUGCCUCUUCGAGGAUCCCUCGAAACACCGCCCUUACGUGAAAAAUCUCCUAGUGUUUGUCAGUACAGUUUUGGCUCUGAACCAUUCCUUGCCACACCAUCAAUGGCACCUGCAUCCUCACCAGCUGCAGUAACAGAUCCAAUCGUAACAAUAACAUUACCUCCAAUUCAACAGCGACAUACACCGUUGAGUAAUGUCUCAACUAGCCAACCACAUAAAACCUCCUUCUCAGUACAGACUACUCAUGAUUCUUUAAUUUCCAAUCGUUUACCAUACGACGUUGACGCCGUUACUUUAACGCACAUUAUUCCUCAUAACACUUGCCCUGCAAUUUCUAGUACCAUACCUGUACUACCAACACCCGCAGCGUCCUCUCCGUCUUCAUCUCUGGCAUUGGGAACCAACAGUAGCCAACAAGUCUUUGCCGGGAGCCAACAGCACUACAGUCCGCAUGUAUUAGCAGGGCAACAAGAACUAUCCGCGCGACGAAAUUAUAUCAACUUUAGUCAAAUUCCGUCGCAUAGCAUGGCAUGCAUUACGCCCGACAACAAUUAUGUAAAUUUCUGUCCGAAAGAAGAAGAUGACGAUGUGCGUAAGCUUAAAUCGGAUGAAUAUGAUGAUAACAGCAGUGACACGAUGGCAAAGGUUUCUUCAAAAGGCUUCCUUACCAAAAAGCAGAAAGUAAAGUACAAUCAUCUGCACGAAAAGAGCACCAGCAGUGGCGGUGGCCCCAAUCAUGGCAGAGACGAGACUGUUUCCAGCACGCUUGGACAAAAAGUUAAAGCCAACGUUAGUGGAUAUCGUAAAGUGGUGUCGGAGGUAACAAGUAACGGCAAAGGUAAAAAGGAGGAGUCAUUUUCGAAGCAAUCGAAAGGAUGCUCCAAAUCAAGCUCCAAAACUAUGGGUUUCAGUAAUAUGAGUUUCGAGGACUUUCCUUCGGACGAGCUGGCCGAUGAAGCGGGUUCUGCAGAUGGAACCCGUUUGACCACGGGAACAGGCGGGAGCGGCAAGUUGUUGAAAAUGGCCCCAUUCGAGGUGAUUCGCAACGAAAAAAUGCUUCAAGAGGCGGAAAAAAAGUUUGGUUCGUUGAAACGACGCAGCAACCCGUUUUCCUGAUUGUACGCUGAGGCGUACAAGAAACGAAAGUGAGAAUAAUCAAGCAGCUCAAAGUAAACGAUCUUUCGGGGAUCGCAUCGCUUUACCAAGUAGCGACUUUAAAAACUUCUGUUAUCAUGCUAGGCAGCCAAUGUGUUUAUUUAUUUGAUUGUAUAAUCAAUAUUUGUUUUAUCGUAUGUUUUAUAUUCGUUUCAAUUAUAUUUCUUUCCCAUAAAUGAUAUCAUUACGACAAGCUGGCAGGCUCGUAGAAUGUAAGCUAUUAGACCUGUUACAAUAAUAAUUUAUAGCUCCGUUAAAGUAUUGAACGAAAAAUUCUGUACGAAGUAAAAGUAAUGCGUAGUUCUUCAAAAGAAAGUAUCAUGUUUACUGAACCAAGAGACUGGAUGGCUUCAUAUUGUUGAGUGAUCUUGAGCACUUAGAGUAUAAAGUGCAUAAACAUACACUUUGUAUUAGGUUGUACAAUUCCUGCUAGUUUUAUGUUUAAGAAUAAAAACAUAUUCUAUUGCUUA